AUGGCAACAUCACCUCCCAGCACAACUCUCAGUCAGACCUUUUCCCCUAAUAAUACCACUCAACAGCAAGGGAGCAAAUCUGGGUCAUACAACUUGCAAGUUGAUACAGUACACAUCGAUAAUGAAGAAAUCCAUUCUUGUAUGGGGAAAACCUACUCGAAGAACGUGUCUGGCAAUAAUAGGUGUGAGCCACACGAGUAUAGAAAUGAGCAUGCCUCCCACACUCGUCCAUCACUAUCCUGGACUGACUGGUCGCAACAAUACGCUUGGGAACUUGAUGGUAUACUGCAGCAAGGUCUUUCGGCGAAUGAUCCUCAACUGCCACUGUCGACUGACUGGUCGCAACAAUACGCUUGGGAACUUGAUAGUAUACUGCAGCAAGGUCUUUCGGCGAAUGAUCCUCAACUGCCACUGUCGACUGACUGGUCGCAACAAUACGAUUGGGAUUUUGAUGCCUUUCGGUACAUGAUCCUCAACUGCCACCGUCGACUGACUGGUCGCAACAAUACGAUUGGGAUUUUGAUGGUAUACUGCAGCAAAGCCUUUCGGUACAUGAUCCUCAACUGCCACCGUCGACUGACCGGUCGCAACAAUACGAUUGGGAUUUUGAUGGUAUACUGCAGCAAAGCCUUUCGGUACAUGAUCCUCAACUGCCACCGUCGACUGACUGGUCGCAACAAUACGAUUGGGAUUUUGAUGGUAUACUGCAGCAAAGCCUUUCGGUACAUGAUCCUCAACUGCCACCGUCGACUGACCGGUCGCAACAAUACGAUUGGGAUUUUGAUGGUAUACUGCAGCAAAGCCUUUCGGUACAUGAUCCUCAACUGCCACCGUCGACUGACCGGUCGCAACAAUACGAUUGGGAUUUUGAUGGUAUACUGCAGCAAAGCCUUUCGGUACAUGAUCCUCAACUGCCACCGUCGACUGACCGGUCGCAACAAUGCUCUUCCGACCUUCUGCAGCAAGAUCCUUUGCUAA